GCCCUGGAAGGUACGGGCCAGUCUGGGAAGAAGGCGGCAGCAGCGGCGGCGGCGGCGGCGGCGACGAAAGGCGGGGGUGCGGUGGGGGCCGGGCCGUGUUUACACAGCGGCGGGCAGGCGCGGACGCGGAACCCGGCGCGGCGGCGGCACGAUGGUCAUGGCGUAUUUCGGCGAGAAUUUUUGGGGGGAAAAAAAUAGUGGCUUUGAUGUCCUCUACCAUAAUAUGAAACAUGGACAGAUAUCGACAAAAGAACUAGCAGAUUUUGUAAGAGAGCGAGCUACCAUAGAGGAGGCAUACUCCAGGUCAAUGACAAAACUAGCAAAAUCUGCAAGCAAUUAUUCCCAACUUGGAACGUUUGCACCAGUAUGGGAUGUAUUCAAAACAUCUACAGAGAAAUUAGCAAAUUGUCACUUGGAUCUUGUUAGAAAAUUACAAGAAUUAAUAAAGGAAGUUCAAAAGUAUGGAGAAGAUCAAGUAAAAUCUCAUAAAAAGACUAAAGAAGAAGUUGCAGGAACUCUGGAAGCUGUCCAAACCAUUCAGAGUAUAACUCAGGCCCUCCAGAAAUCCAAGGAAAAUUACAAUGCCAAGUGUGUAGAACAAGAGCGUUUGAAAAAGGAAGGAGCUACACAAAGAGAAAUAGAAAAGGCAGCUGUUAAAUCUAAGAAAGCUACAGAUACCUAUAAACUCUAUGUGGAAAAAUAUGCAUUAGCAAAAGCUGAUUUUGAACAGAAAAUGACAGAAACAGCUCAGAAAUUUCAAGAUAUUGAAGAAACUCAUCUCAUUCACAUAAAGGAAAUUAUAGGAUCCUUGUCAAAUGCUAUAAAGGAAAUUCAUUUGCAGAUAGGCCAGGUCCAUGAAGAAUUUAUAAAUAACAUGGCUAAUACUACAGUUGAAAGUUUGAUACAAAAAUUUGCUGAGUCAAAAGGCACUGGGAAGGAAAGACCUGGCCUCAUUGAAUUUGAAGAAUGUGACACUGCUAGUGCAGUUGAAGGUAUAAAACCAAGGAAAAGAAAGACUUUUGCUUUGCCAGGAAUCAUUAAAAAGGAAAAAGAUGCAGAAUCUGUGGAAUGCCCUGAUGCAGAUUCACUGAACAUUCCCGAUGUAGAUGAAGAAGGCUACAGUAUUAAACCAGAAACAAAUCAGAAUGAUACCAAAGAGAACCAUUUCUAUUCAUCUAGUGAUUCUGACUCUGAAGAUGAAGAACCAAAGAAGUAUCGGAUAGAAAUUAAGCCUAUCCAUCCAAAUAACUCACAUCAUGCAAUGGCUUCUUUGGAUGAAUUAAAAGUAUCUAUAGGGAAUAUAACACUCUCCCCAGCAAUAUCUCGGCACAGUCCAGUACAGAUGAAUCAGAAUUUGUCUAAUGAGGAGUUAACAAAAUCAAAGCCAUCUGCUCCACCCAAUGAAAAAGGAACCAGUGAUUUACUUGCUUGGGACCCCCUGUUUGGACCCUCUCUUGAUUCAUCAUCUUCAUCUUCACUAACUUCAUCAUCAUCAGCCAGGCCCACAACUCCUCUUUCUGUAGGCACCAUUGUCCCACCUCCGAGGCCUACUUCCAGACCAAAGCUUACUACAGGCAAACUCAGUGGGAUUAAUGAAAUACCCAGGCCAUUCAGCCCACCUGUAACUUCCAACACCAGCCCACCUCCUGCUGCACCCUUAGCCCGGGCAGAAAGUUCUUCUUCUAUCUCAUCAUCUGCUUCAUUGAGUGCUGCCAAUACUCCAACAGUAGAAGAUGAUAAUUUGAUUGGGACACUCUCUGAAAUUGAAAAGCACUGUGAGACGUCACCAGGUGUGUCACGGGGUCCCAGCCCUGUCAGCCUUGGAAAUCAGGACACCUUGCCUGUAGCAGUCGCCCUUACAGAAUCUGUUAAUGCCUACUUUAAAGGAGCAGAUCCCACCAAGUGUAUCGUGAAGAUCACUGGUGACAUGACAAUGUCAUUUCCAAGUGGAAUUAUUAAAGUCUUCACCAGCAAUCCCACUCCAGCUGUGUUGUGCUUCAGGUUGAAAAAUAUCAGCAGACUAGAGCAGAUUCUUCCAAAUGCACAGCUUGUGUUCAGUGAUCCAUCACAAUGUGAUUGCAACACAAAAGAUUUUUGGAUGAACAUGCAAGCUGUUACUGUCUACCUCAAGAAGCUGUCAGAGCAAAAUCCAGCUGCUUCUUAUUAUAAUAUAGAUGUAUUAAAGUAUCAGGUGUCAUCAAAUGGUAUUCAGUCCACUCCGCUGAAUCUUGCAACAUACUGGAAAUGUAGUGCUAACACCACAGAUGUUAGAGUAGAUUAUAAAUACAAUCCAGAAGCUAUGGUGGCACCUAGUGUGCUUUCUAACAUACAGGUGGUAGUACCAGUAGAUGGAGGAGUAACAAACAUGCAGUCCCUUCCCCCUGCAAUAUGGAAUGCAGAACAAAUGAAAGCCUUUUGGAAAUUAUCCAGUAUUUCAGAAAAAUCAGAAAAUGGAGGUUCUGGUUCCCUCCGAGCAAAAUUUGAUCUUUCAGAAGGCCCUAGUAAACCCACGACACUUGCAGUGCAAUUCCUCAGUGAGGGAAGUACCCUUUCAGGAGUAGAUUUCGAACUUGUAGGCACUGGCUAUAGGCUUUCCUUAAUAAAGAAGCGGUUUGCCACUGGACGAUACCUGGCGGAUUGUUGAUGGACCUGGGAAAGUGGUUUGGCUCCAGGGAGUACAAACCUGCCAUUCUGCAUUAUCUGUUCUUUCCAAACACUAUUUUAACUUGUAUGAUGUCUUUCAAACUUAGACAUAUUUGAGAGCUGACUACAAACGUUAAAUCGCACUUUUAAAGUGAGUCAUUUAAAGAAAUAGUACUGAAAUGAUUCUCUGUGUUGUAAAUGAUCAAUUGCAAUAUUCAGGAAGCACAUUUAUUCAGAUUCUCAGAAAAAAAAUGAAGUUUUUGUAGGCUUAACUUUUAAAUUAUUUCCAGUGUCUAUAUUGAAAAAAGGGGUUAUAGUGUAAUAUCAGGCCUAAAAUUUCAGGAGAGCAAGCACAAAGUAAUUUAGCUUUCCAUAAAUUUUUAGAGUUAGAGAUAACUUUGAAAUUUUGUAAGUUUGAUAUUCAGUGGAUACAAAUAGAACAUGAAUUCUCGUUUUGGGUAAUGUUAACUCAGAACACUCAAUCAAAUUGAGUUGUGCCAUAAGGUAAUCAGACCAGAGUUCAAGUUGUAUGCAAAAAAUCUAUAAUUUGAUUCUCAUAAACAUGUUAAUAAAGUACAAGUGAUGUUUUAUGUGAUUUAAAAAAAAUUCUCAAGUGCAAUGUGUUUUAAAAUAAGCUUGCAAAUGACAGCAGAGAAAUUUACUUCUGCAGUUAACUUUAUGGAAGUUGUGAUUUUUUUCGAUGAAUUAAUGCUGUAGAUUUAAUUUAUUUUUAUAUGGAAUUGCAUAAUGUGUGCCUUUUAAAACAAUAACAUAAGCCAGAGAUGUGCCUAUACAGUUUGUGUUCAUUAAUGUGCCUCACUUUUUUUUCUUAGUCUGGAGCUUCUGUUCAGAAUCUUACAGUGGUCAAUCACUUUUACAAAAUAUUUGCAAUUUUUGUAAAUACUUUUGGCCUGCAAUUGGGAAGGGAAUUCAGAGUCAUAAAGGGUUACUUAAGAAUCCUGGCUCACUUCUUUGGUGAUACACUGUAGCCACUAGAAAGAGAAAAUAAACCCAGUGGCAUGUGUUUACAGGAGAAAAAAUUACCUUCAGAUACUUUAUAUUAACCUCAUCAAAAGUGUGUAAAUUUUGAAACAGACAAAUUCUAAAAACUAUAGUGCUAAAUUAGUGACUGGUAUUUUAAUUCUCAGUUUAACAUUUUCCUUGACACUUUGUCAUUGAAAAUGUACACAUUUACUGAUUGUUUUGUGAACAUGAGUUUUAUGGUAUUUUGUAAGGACUACAUUUUAUAGAUUAAUUUUGAAACAGAAGGAGAAGCACUGCCAUUUGUUUUUAUUUCAACAAUCAGAAAAAUUACGAAUUUGUACAUUUUAAUUCCUAUUUAAUUUCUUCUUGGUAAAAAUAGGGAAAUUAUUUGAAGUGAUAUAUUUGGUUAAACAUUUCUAAAAAUAAACUACCAAUACUAAAUAGUAAGAAACCUAACUUUAAUAGCAAAUCUUGAUUAAUUAAAGAAAUAAAAUAUUUUGGACAAGGUUUUAUAAUUUACAAAUGGGAAUUUCAUUUAUAAUAUAAAUAUGAAUGUCCUUUAUUUUCCUAGUAUAAGUGAUAAAUUGUGUUAUACAUAAUUUAUAUAAAAUCACUAAUUGUUCAGUUAAGCUUCACAGAAAAUAAAACCUCUAUUACUAGACAUUUAUGUAACAUCUUGCUAUACUAAAUACAGCAGAAAAUCUACUCUCUAGCAAUAUAUAAGACAGUAUGUGCUUUUUUAUAUAUUUAGUGUUAGCCCAAUUCUAAAUUUAGAUUUGACUAAAGUAACACAUAAGAUAAUUUGCUAAAAUGCUAAUCUUUACUAAAUAGUGAGCAAAAUUAGAAUUUCUAACUCUUACAUUGUGCUCUUUUAAAUGCCAAUUGCAGUCCCUUACUAGAAUUCUAACUGUAAUCUGCUUUGCAAUCAAACUGCAUUUAUUGAGCAGUUAAUAUUUUAUUAUUGGAAUUUAGACACUGUUCUCACCAUGUUUGUUUUUAAUCAAGUAUUACCUAAAAGUGUACAAAUUAGUGAAAUGGUUAAACUUCAGCACUUUCUUAAUGUGCCACAGUCUUCAUACCAAGUAUUGGCUACAGGUUACAAUUUUGAAGCCAUAUGAGUUUUGAUUUUGUUUUUCAUUUAAAAAUCCACUAAUGGUGUACAAAGAGACAGGUAGAUUUUCAGUGGGAAAUGUACCUUGCAAGCUGGUUCUUGCUUAUAUAUAGUGAUAAACUUUGUAGGUGCCUCUUUAACCAAGAAUUUGUAAACACAACUCUAACAAAUGUGAGUUUUUAAGGAUUGUUAUUUACUACUUUGGAUUGUAAUUAAAACAGUGCACAUCUGUCUUCCAAGAUUUUGUAAAUAUUUUUGAUUUUUUUCAUUAAAUGUAAAUUUUACAUAAAAGUUGUGUUCUUAAUAAACAUGUAAUAUAUAAUUUA